GACCCCCCGACCCCUCCCCAGGGACCCCCGGCAGGGUCAGAAACCCCCCCCGGACACCCCCCCGAGCCCGGGCCGGCACCAGCGCCACGUCCGCACUGGGAGUGAACUGGGAUUGGGGGAGGGGGGGGAACCGGGAGGAGCCGCUGAAGACCCCCGGGGGGGGAGGAUGUGAGACCGGGAGCCCCUGAGAGACCCCCGGGACCCCUCCCCCGCCAUGCGGCUGCGGCUCAGGAACAUUUUCCUGGUUUAUUUCGUGGUGUCGCUCGUGGGGCUCUUCUGCGCCCUCCGGGAGCUCGGCCGGCCCUGUCCCUGCCCCCCCCCCGAGCCCGAGCGGCGCCGGAGCCGCCCCGGGGGGGCCCAGGGGGGGGAGGGGGCGGCGCUGCCCCCCAUCUACGUGGUGACCCCGACCUACGCCAGGCCGGUGCAGAAGGCGGAGCUCGUUCGCCUCUCGCAGACGCUGCUCCACGUCCCCGCCCUGCACUGGGUGGUGGUCGAGGACGCCGCCGCCCCCUCGGCGCUGGUGGGGGGGGUCCUGGCGGCCUCGGGGGUCUCCUUCACCCACCUGAGCGCCGAGACCCCCCCCGAGCUGCGGGGGGGCCCCGGGGCCCCGUCCUGGCUGUUCCCGCGGGGAGCGGAGCAGCGGAACCGGGCGCUGCGCUGGCUGCGGGACACGCGGAGCAGCGACGAGCCCGGCGUCGUCUACUUCGCUGAUGAUGACAACACCUACAGCCUGCGGCUCUUCGAGGAGAUGCGCAGCACCCGCGGCGUGUCGGUGUGGCCGGUGGGGCUGGUGGGGGGUCUGCGCCUGGAGCGGCCGCUGGUUUCGGGGGGUCGCGUUGUGGGGUUCCACACGGGCUGGAGGCCGGAGCGUCCCUUCCCCCUGGACAUGGCCGGGUUCGCCGUGGGGCUGCGGCUGCUGCUCGCCCACCCCCGAGCCCGAUUCGACCCCCGCGCCGAGAGGGGAUUCCUGGAGAGCUCCUUCCUGGGGGGGCUGGUGACCCCCGCCCAGCUGGAGCCACGGGCAGAUAACUGCACCCAGGUGCUGGUGUGGCACACGCGCACCGAGAAGCCGAAGCUGCGCCAGGAGGAGCAGCUGCAGCGCCAGGGCCGGGGCUCCGACCCCGACAUUGAGGUUUAGGGGGGCCCCGGGACCCCCCCGGGACCCCCCGGGACCCCCCCGGCCUCCGGGACCACCCCCAGACCUUUAUUUAUCGCCAGACCCCCCCGUUUUUUGGGGGGACCCCUCCCCCGAUCCCCUCCCUGCAAUAAACGCU